AUGUGUCUAUUUGUGGAGACUCACUACUCCAACUGCAAGCAUACGUGCUUCGAGCUCUACAUCUUUUGUCGCGAGGUCCUCCACCAACUCAAUCGCAUCAACGACCCGGACCAGCGCAGAGACUACGAUUUACCAUUUGACCCCGGUUGUCCCACGUGUCAGCCAUACACAGUCACGAUGAGAUCAGCCAUCCUUCGUCCGGAAAUGGGUUAUCUGAGUGUCAUUUCAGAGAGCAAUAUCGUGCACCAGAUGAUGGUUUUGGUGGAAAGCUGCCCUGAUUGUGAAGCGAAAGCAUUGUGA